AGCAAUCGGUUAGGCAAGCGCCUGCGUCGCCUGCAUCACUUGCUUCAGAGCUUGGUAUUUGAGUCAAAAGAUUAUUGAUGAUAUAGCAGUGACGAACGCAACACCUAGUUGGCAAAGACAAUUGCAGUGAAAGAAGAGUGAAACCAUGGAUCAGGCAGAAACCUGCACUGAUUAGAGCAGAAAACAGCCAGAAGCGUGCAAAUUAUUGGCCUCAAUUGCAAGUGAGGCAGGUGCAAACUGCGGAAAUGGUCCGUGCCCCAGGCACCAAGCGCGACCGACUGUACCAACACCCCGCGAGCUGUCUUUGACUCUCACUGAAGCGCCUACAUAACCAAAGCACUUCUACCACACUUGUCGUCCUUCAUCGACAACUUCCUCCCUCCAGCAAAACUUAUAUCUAUCCAUACGCCCAAACCCAACCACACCCCCCACAGACAACAACAUGUCUUCUACCGACGAACAGAAGAUCAUCCUUGUUAGCUCCGAUGGCGUUAACAUCGAGACUGCCCGCAUCAUCGCCGAGCGCUCCAUGCUCAUCAAGAACAUGAUUGACGAUCUCGGCAACCCUGGCGAGGAGCCCAUUCCCAUCAUGAACGUCUCCGAGGCAGUUCUGCGUAAGGUGCUUGAGUGGUGCGACCACCACAAGAAGGAUGCUCCCCCAGAGAAGGAUGAGGACGCCGAGUCCCGCAAGAAGACCACUGACAUCGAGGAGUGGGACCAAAAGUUCAUGCAGGUUGAUCAGGAGAUGCUCUUCGAGAUCAUCCUCGCUGCCAACUACAUGGACAUCAAGGCUCUUCUCGACGUCGGCUGCAAGACCGUCGCAAACAUGAUCAAGGGCAAGUCGCCUGAGGAGAUUCGUAAGACCUUCAACAUCCAGAACGACUUCACCCCCGAGGAGGAGGAGCAGAUCCGCCGUGAGAACGAGUGGGCCGAGGACCGCUAAACACCUCCCACCGCCUCCAACAUGUCGUCUGCACCCACGCAAUGACAUGAAGACCGACCACCCACCCACGCUCGUCUACUGCCCCCCCUUACAUACCCACCCUUUGCCUUUCUCAACACUUAUGGAUUGCAUGACGUGUCGCUCUUUAAUCAAGAGUCGAUACAAUGGUCUGGCGUUCUCUGGAGUUUUUCUUACAACUUGCUGGUUCAUGCGACAUUGAUGAAAAAGAGCAAAAGAGCAAUCGGCGAUGAGUUGCUUUCUUUCAGAACACGAUAUGGGUGGUGCAUAAAUUAUUACCAGCACACCCAUUUUUUCUAUACUCGGAAUGAGGCUCGUCGAAAUACAAAUAUCAACAGUUUUCUUUCA